UAUAAAAGUGUUUAUGAAUCAAAAAUAGUCAACGCUGAUUUUAAUUAAAAAAAAAUAAAACAAAGAAACAUGGAAAUCAACGAAUCAUCUUUAAGUGUUUUUUAUCUCAGUAAACUGUUAGCACUAGCACCAAUUUCGAUUCGCCGGGAUGCUAAAGGCGUAGUAGAGAUAAGACGCAGUAUUUUAGUGUCCAUAUAUUCGGUUACUUUUGGCUUUGCAAUGGUGAUACUUUGUUACGAGGGCUUAAUAUUCGAUGCAAACUCGGAAAUUCCUUUGCGAAUGAAUUCAUCUACAUCAAAAGUGGUAACUGCACUCGAUGUGAUAGUAGUGAUACUUUCAAGUGCCGCUGGCUUGGGAUGCGGUCUCUUCAGUGUGAAACCAACAAGAGAGGUCAAUGAAAGCUUAAAAAAGUUUGAUGCUGCAUUACAUUCAUUUUCGAAUUUCAAAAGUGAUCGCCACAUAACCAGAAUAUUGGCCGUAAUUCCUUUGUUGAUAAGCGGUGCCCUAAUAGGCUUCGAUAUUUACACAUGGAUACUUCAAGUCCAACUUACACCUGAAAAUGGUUCAGAUUCCAAUCUUGCAUGGUAUUUACCGUUUUAUUUACUUUAUUUUGUCUUGAUUGGCUUUCACGUUUUAUUUGCCAAUACCGCUUUUGGAUUUGGCAGACGUUUCGGUCGCUUGAAUGAAAUGUUAAGAAGCUGUUAUCUAACAAAUAAAAAAUCGUUGACUGUAGUUCGAAAUCACAUGAAUAGCCUUAAAAUCACACCAGAUCAUGCAAUAUCAAUACACGAGAGUAUAGAACGCGUAAGCAGUGAAUCGUUGUCUAAAGAAUGUUUAGGCAAGACGCGCGUCAUUUUGCUGAGAUCAAUUGCCGAAAAUUACGAUUCAUUAGGCAAGUGUGUGCAGAUUUUUUCCAACGCUUACGGUGUGGCAGUGCUUUUCAUUUUAGUAUCCUGCCUGCUGCACUUGGUGGCCACUGCAUAUUUUCUAUUUUUAGCGUUGUUGAACAGAAAUGUAGCCGACUAUGUAUGGGGUCAGGUGUUGUGGAUUGCUUUCCAUAUAUUCAGAUUGCUAAUGGUAGUGGAACCAUGUCACAGAGCAACGGAAGAGUCAAAGAAAACCAUACAAAUAUUAUCUGAAAUCGAGCGAAAAACUCAUGAGCCUAUACUGGCUGAAGAGAUCAGGAGAUUUUGGCAACAAUUGCUGGUUAAUGACAUAGAAUUCUCGGCGCUGGGGCUCUGUCGUAUUAAUAGAAAGAUAUUGACAUCGUUUAGCUCAGCGAUUGCUACGUAUCUAGUUAUUUUAAUACAGUUCCAAAAGGCCAGCGGUUAAUGGACAACAUAUUCUAGAAAUAUACCGAAACUUUAAUAAACCACCAACACCAAGUACAAGAUAAAUAGUUCUGCAGAAAACGCCAUCCAUUAAAUGCGUAUGUAAGCGAUGUAAUAGCCCAUUUCCACCGAGCCUUAAUUGCAGUUUGUGCUUCUGGUCAGCAAUGAAUUGUGCAACAAUGUGAAAAUUUUCAAGUAAUAGUUGUAUGAUGGUGUCUUAUCUGCAUAUUUGAACAAGGUAAACUAAAGGGUAAUAGGCUAGGACAUAUUAUAAUGUAAAAAGAAUUUGAUAAAAUAGUUUUAGGCGCAUAAAGAGCCGUAGCUAAACACAAAUUUACUUUUACCAAAUUUACUUUUACCAAUAGGUACUUUUAGUAUAAAGGAGAAGUUUCUACCUCGAACGAAGUAAAUGCUCCCACCACUUGGGAAUAAAAAAAGGCUGGAAACUACAGCAAAAAUACUAAAACUUUAAGAUCAUCCUAUAUUAGAGUAACUCCAGACAAUGGAUUUAAAAUGUUCAGAAGUUCUUUACUGCAGUUAGACUUUUGUCGCAAAUGGGUCAUAUCGUCGGUGAUACUGCAAAACGGUUUAUGUCUAUUAGUAUCCUUGAGACUUAAAUGGUCUCUUGCUUGCACCGGAAUGCAUCUGCAAAUCGUUACACCCUAAUAAACGAAUGACAAAACUGU